AUGCUCCUACCCACGACUCAACUCAUCGAGCCUAGCUCGUUUCAGGACCUCGACGACAGCAUCUCCUUCGGGUGGGUCGAAUCCGCCAAGGCGUCGCCCUCCUCGGAGCACCUCGUCGACGACGUCCGCCAUGCGUUCGGAAGCCCGGGGUCCUCGGUCAUCGACAUGUACCCCGCCGAGCUCUUCACCGUGCGGGGGACCACAGCAAUGACCAGUGACUUCGACUUUCACCUGCCGGUGGUACCCGAUGGCACCGAGUCCCCGACGCUGCUGGUCAGCGCGAGUCGGGUCCUUCGAGGCGGACACCUCCUCCCCUGCGAACCCGGCGGCGUCGCGCAAGAACACGGCGAUGGAGUGGACGUCGUACCGAGCAUGACACAGUGGUCGGACUCCUCGUCGCUGUUCGACACAGCGCAUAACAUGCUCAGGUCGUGUACCAGCGCGAUGAGCGACGCCGGCAGCAAGCUCAGCUGGAGGCAGCGGCCUCCGUGGGCCGAUCGGUCAUCGUCGUCUUCUCCGCCUCGGAAGGUGCUUCCCAGCUACCUGCGGUUCUUGGUGCCGUUGUACCGGAAGGUUAGGGCGCUGCGGCCGGCCAGGACCAGGGUCGUCGCGCCGACAGCGCCGAGCGCGACGCUGGGGUCCACGGCCAGCGCCAUUGAGUGGUGUCACGGCAAUGCAAACGCGGCCAUCGACGAUGCCAUCCUCUACUGCAAGAAAUCCAGUGCACAAGACAUACUGUGA